UAUUUCAUAUCAAACCACAAGCAUUCCCCUUUUCAAGAUCUGACCAUCAACUAAAUCACCCACCUCCACCUCCUCCGCAAGCACAACAAACACAACUCCAAAAAUGAUGGCUCCUACAAUUUUGAUUGUCGGUGCAACAGGCAAUACUGGCCGAAGUGUUGUGGAGACACUUUCAGACUCAAUCAACAACAACAAAACACUUGCAGGGUAUCGACUCAUUGCCCUCACUCGAUCUUCGGACAGUCUUACUGCACAGAAACUUAGCAAGCUUCAAAACGUCACGAUUGAAGAGAAGACUUGGGUCGAUAUCAGUCCCGAGUGGUUGAAGGAACGCAACGUCGUCAAGGCUUUUAUUGCUUCCCAUAAUGAGCCCACUCAAUUUGCAGAUGAAUCAACAUUCCAUCUUGCUUUACUUAAUGCUGGCGUCAAAUACGUUGUACGCAUAUCCACCACAGCUGCCAAUGUCUAUCCCAACUGCCCAGUAUACUAUCCACGCCAGCAUUGGGCUGUCGAAGCUUUAUUGAGCUCUCCUGAGUUUGAAAAGCUUCAAUGGACCUCACUUCAGGCAAAUGUCUUCUACAGAUUCGUUCUUGGGCCAGCCUUGGAGUUCAUCAAGCAAUAUCGCAAAGACGGAAAGCAAAACACACUCUUGUUGAUGACUGAUGGCGAUGCACCUCUAGGAUGUAUUCACUCCGACGAAGUCGGUCAGUUUGCCGCUGUUCUUCUGGCCCAGGAAGAUCACUCAAUCCACAACAAGAAGAAAUACGAACUCAACGGACCAGUGGAUAUCAAUGGAAAGCAGAUUGUCAAGCUGGUGGAGGAAUAUAUUGGGACAGAAGUCAAGGAUUUCAAGUUCAGAGACGUGUCUUUGAUUGACACCUGGGCUGAUUCGGUUAAGGCGAAUAAGAGCCUCAUUUUAUCCAUUAAGGGUGCUCCUAAAACAGGUUGGGAAGGGAAGUGCUCGACUGCAACGACGAGUAAGGAGUUCUUGGAGCUAUCCCCACCAAAGAUUACUCCGGCAAUGUGGUUGAAAUCUGCCCUUGAAGAAUAAACAGAGGGAAAGAUAGAGCGGUACUGUUGAGAAAAUACUCAUCGUUGCGAAUCCUUUUGUAGUAUUUUAAAUUUGAUUCGAGGCUUAUGAAAUAGAGCUCGGCUAUGUAACUUCUUAUUGAGGUUUGUAACAAGUAUUGAUUCAAGGGUGAUAUCAUUUUCGAUAUAUCGACCACUAUAAGCCCUCUUUAUUCGGUCUUUAAUAAUUUAUAAGAUUGUUAUAUCUCGUUAUCAUACAUUGUUAGUUCGAGGGGUUUUUAAGGGUUAUUAAUGAUAAUGAUUCAUUUUGAAAUG